AUUAUAUUUGGAUAGCAAAUUUAUUAUUUGAAAUAAAUGUGCAAUAUAAUUUGAAGAGCGGACAGAUCGUUUCAACGGUAACUGACAAUGGAACGAACUUUGUCAAAGCCUUUAAAGAAUUCGGUUAUAAGAUAAAAAUACUGUGUUAGAAAAAGAAAUACCUACUGCGGUAGAAGAAGCUAAAGAAAAAAUAGAUUCCGAAUGUUCGUAUGCAUGAUGAAUUGAUAACUACAUAUUUUUGGUCAUUGACAGUCAUAGUACAUUUGAAUAUCUAUAAAUACAUUCUUUUUCAGAUUGUAAUGACGAACAAGAAGAUUUAGAUGAAUAUGUCGAUGAAGUAGAUAUAGAUUUGGAAUUUCGUAAUAUCGAGCAAAAGGAUACCAAUGUUCAUUCCACUAUUCAACUACCAAACCACCUAAGAUGUGCAAGCCAUACUUUAAGCUUGCUGGCAACUACGGACUUUACAAAAGCGUUGAAACAAAAUUCUGUUGCAUCCAAAAUUCAUCAUACAGCAAUGGGGAAAUGCACGAUAUUGUGGAAUAUGUCUCGAAGACCAAAAACAUCAGAGAUAAUUGUUGAUUUCUUGAUUUUAGGAAAAAGUUUGAAGUAUCCAACCCCUACACGCUGGAAUUCGUUAUUUGAUGCACUGUCCGAUCUUUUAGUACAUCGAGAGAAACUUAAUAAGUUAAUACCGAAAUUAGAUUCAAAUGUUCUUUUUAAAGAUGUAGAGUUGAAUUAUUUAGAAGAAUGCAUCGCCGUAUUAUCUCCCAUUGCGUUGGCAUUAGACCGAUUGCAGAGCGAAAAUGAAUGCUACUAUGGCAUUUUAAUGCCAAAUCUUUUUUCUCUUAAACUGAGAAUGAGAAUGCUACAUGAAAAAAAUUUAAGAUUUUUAGAUAGCGUCGUAUCAAUUCUCAUCUCUUCACUCGAGAGGAGAUUUGAAGACUUUUUCCAUUUUUCGCCAACAGUAAACAAUGCUAUCAUUGCUUCGUGUUUACAUCCGUCAUUUAAACUAAAGUGGCUUCCAAAGACCAUGUCCUGCGAGGAAGUGUCACGUUUUCGAAACUUGUGUAACGCGGCUAUAGACGAGCUUGUGCCUCUUGAAACCACAAUUAUCUCUAAUUCCAGUAAAGAUGAAUUCUUCAUCUUCAAUGAAUCUAAUAGUCUGCAGCAAUCGAAUUCAGAUUCAGAAUUGGUAUCUUUUUUUAAUGAUAAACAGAAAACGCUUGAUAUAUUGAAUAAAUACCCACGUGUAAAAAAGGCGUUUAUAAAAUUUAAUACUAGUCUGGGUAAUUGUGCAUAA